AUGAAGAACGAAGCAGAGAAAAAACAGCUAGAGAGUAGAAUAGAUAGCAAAAAAACAAAUAGAGAUAAAACCAAGGGUAAGAAGAAAAACAAGAUGCCUGCUAAAGAAUUCCCCAUGCGAGAUACAUCAAAAGAAGAAGAAAUAAUAAAGAUUAGAGAGAAAAUAGACAGUCUUCUAGGGAAAAUUGAGCAGAUCCAGAGAACAAACACAGAGGAUAUUUCGGUAAAUGCAGUAAAAGGACAAGAAAAAGAAAAGACGGAUGUAUCCCUAGGAAGCGCAGUAGAACAGCCCAUAAAUAAGGAGAAGGCUUCUUCAGCAGAACAGAAAAGCAGCAGUGUCCAAGAAACAAGCAAUAGCAAAAGCAGCCAGCCUUCAGAGACAAUAAAAGAGCCAGAAGGUAAAAAAAGGUCAAAAGAUGUGUACAAUGAAGAAACAAGCAAGAACCAAAAGUGGACGGAUUAUGAUCUGAAGAAAGAAGUGCUCCUGGGAAUCCAGAAGAAGGGAUUCAACUGGCCGUCACCCAUACAGGCAGCGUCUAUUCCGCACUCUCUUGCUAAUAAGAACAUUGUGGCUCGAGCCAAAAAUGGAACUGGAAAAACUGCAGCUUUUGCAAUUCCUCUGCUGAACAAAAUAAACCCGCAAAAGCUUGUUCUGCAGGCACUUAUUCUCGUGCCAACGCGAGAGCUCGUGCUGCAAACAGCAAAGGUCUGCAAGGAGCUUGGUGAGUUCCUGCGCUUGAAGAUACUCCCGCUGUACGGAGGCGUCAGCGCGAAGGACGAUGUCAUUCGUCUGAAGGGAGGGGCCCACAUUAUCAUUGGCACUCCUGGGAGAGUACUCGAUUUUAUCUCGCAGAAUGUUAUUGUUCUAGAUAAAUGCAGGCACUUGAUCUGCGAUGAGGCUGACAAGCUUUUGAGCAUGGAUUUUAAGGAGGUAGUCUACGAGAUAACAGAGAGGUUCCACAAACAGAGGUAUAUAGAGAUGUAUUCUGCAACAUUCCCUGCAAUGAUUCAGGACUACAUAGAUAAGUACAUGCCCGAAAUAGUAAAGAUUAAUCUCAUGAAGGAGUUGACUCUCUCAGGGAUACGGCAAUAUUAUGCAUAUGUAAAGGCGGUUAACAAGCUGCACUGUUUAAAGACUCUUCUGGCAAAGCUGGAUGUGAACCAGUGCUUUAUCUUCUGCAACUCUAUCCAGACUGUGGAAAAGCUUGCAAAAAGAAUGACUGAGCUAGGGUUUACUGCAUACUACAUACACAGCAAAAUGAAGCAAGAGGACCGAAACAUGGUAUUCCAUAACUUUACGUCAAAAGGAGAGUGCAGAAUACUUGUUUCCACAGAUUUAGUAACACGGGGAAUCGAUGUCCCCAGUGUAAAUGUCGUAAUUAAUUUUGAUCUUCCGCAGAGCACAGAGAGUUAUCUCCACAGAAUCGGCAGAAGUGGCAGAUUUGGUGCCAAAGGAACAGCUGUAAACAUGAUUACUCCAGAUGAUGUAUAUAAGAUCAGAGAGAUAGAAUCUAUUCUAGGAAUAGAAAUGCUUCCCUUCUCAGAUACGUCAUAG